UGCACGUAUAUACCAGUCGCUCGUGCGGUUGUGAUUAGACCGGGAUAAAACACAAGAACAUAUAUAUAGGAAUACGGGCUUACAUGGAGACAGUCAUAUCUCAGAUUUCAUCAACAAAAGUAACGAAGAAAACUUAUUAAUAUGUGGCACACUAUGGACUCAAAAUAUGAUAUCGUAUUUAUGUGCUUUUUCCUUACAUUAUUGGCAGAUUGUGUAUUUUCUCAAGCAGUAAACAAUACAGGAUGUGUAACAAAUAGCUGGCACCAGAAAUGGAAAUCGUGCUAUACAAAACACUGUGGGACAGAUCCAGGAAUAUGCAUAUCGAGCAGAGGAACGCCUGUAUGCAGGAGAGUUAAAGACAACUGUGGUAUGUGUGUAAAAAGGUGGUUUGUCGACAAUCAAGUGAUCGAGUGCGAGCGAACGACGGCAUCUAGAGAAUGUCCGCCAAACAUCAUACUGAGGAAUUGUCCAACAAAUCUGUGUAACAACGUGUGUUCAGACCGCCGUUUUAAUGGGGCACCUUGUCGUGUUAACAGAUGUGGAGCCUGCACUCCAGAAUAUUCAGUUUCUGGGUUGUGGAUGAUGUGCCCCUCCCAACCAUUCUCCCCCGUUUCGGCAAAUAAUGACUUGACAGGAUUAAGUUUUUUCCACCCAGAAGCCGCAGGAGCCGGUAUGGCCGGAAAUGCAUUACCAGCGCAAUCCAUUUCAACGGCUAACAGCAAUUUCGGCCUUCCACAAAUUGCGCGAGCAGUUUCAUCGUCUAAUUCAUUUCGCUCCGCUGGACCGGGGGACGUUCCUGAACCAUCUAGGUGUGCAAAGGGUAUCACGGAAAGGAUUUGUCAAGAUCUGUGUGCUAACGCACAAUGUGAAAAUUAUCCUAACGCAGUCUGCAGAAUCAACUCAUGCGGUACUUGUAGAGCUGAAUUCUACAUUGGUGACGAGAGAGUAAACUGUCGAGGACAAAAAUGCCCUGCAGGUGUGACCUAUUUCCACACGUGUGAUUCGUGCGCAUACAACUAUUGUCACAACUACCCAACGGCAACGUGCAGAAUGGAUGCUUGUGGUAAAUGCAAGGCUACCUUUUGGCUGAACGGCAAUAAAGAAGUGAAAUGUGUGGAGCAGAACAUUCUCGAUCCAUGCCCCGAUAACUUAACAAAGCGUUGGACAUGUUUAAAACCUGCCUGCCACUUCGAUACCUGUCCGAUGAACUCCAGCGUUUCUUGCAUAACCAACAACUGUGGAGGUUGUAUGCCAAGAUACAUACAUAAAAUCACCAAAGAGGUAGCGCAAUGUCGUGGGUACUGGACACAGUUUGAAGGAAAGGGUAUGGACAAAGGUCACGUUGCUACAGAAGAUGAGAUAAGAAGGGUAAGAGCUGACAGAGACAGACAGCUUCGGCAAUCACAGGUAGCUUUAGAAAACACAAAUUCAAGAAUUAUAGAACAGGUAAAUCAAGUCAGAGGGUCACCUGAUUCACCAUCCACACCUGAAAGACCUUUCCAAAUCCGACCGGUUGGGGGAGGACAAAACAGAAAUCAGCAGGGAGGUUUUGUUAAUACGAUGGUUGAGCAGAGCAGAAGACAAUCAGAUCCGAACGCUAACAUUGAUUUGUCCCCGCGUCAAGGAUCUGGCAGCCCCAUUACUGACCAAGAUAGAGGUUUUUUCAUGGAUCUCCUUAGCCAGAUUGAUACUCCCUUAGGAGUACCAAGUCAAUCCUCAGUGCAAUCAACCGGGUUCGGGGAUUUUGGCCGCCGGAUGCCUUCCUCCGGAUCCCCUAAACCAUCGGAUCGUCAAUUUUCUAGACGCUUGCCUGCUCAAAACAAUCCAACUGCAGAACAACAAUCUAAUAAUGGAUUGCCCGCUAAUAAUGACCCCAGAUCAGAUGUUUUGAGGGGCUCUGAACGCCGAAGACCUUCCUCGUCAGGAUCGUCAAGACCGUCUUUACGGCAUGCAGACACAUCUGUGCCACUUCCAAACAGCCCGACCCAGAACGCACAGAGAAGUGUUCCAGUAGUUGCCGAUCGUCUCAUAGAUCCGGUAGUUGUAAGAACAGAACAGGUGCCAGCCAACAACGUUGGAUUGGAAAAUUCAUUUCCGGUCGUGCAGCAAAGAGUUUCAAACCCGGGAAUUCCAUUACAACAUCAGCAAAAUGUUUCUCGGAAAAAUCGUCAGGAAAACACACAAGCUGUAGCUGAGAUAGACAAAAUAAUACACAAUUUGGAUUCAGCAUUGCGAAAGGCACAUCCUCCUCGUGAUCGUUCAACGCCGACAGCCAGCCGGCCAUUGAGUUCUCAAAAACAGCGGAAGGUUAAUAGCCCUCUAAUGGGUGACUCGUUAAGGGCAAAACCAGUCAUAACUUCUGCCAAAAAAAGACCUUCUGAGAAACUCUCCGCAGGGAAAAAAAAUGCCAAGCUACCUCUUUCUUCGCGCACAACAGACAAACCGUCAUUACAUAAAACGAAAUCAAUAAUGGCAAACAAACCAAUCCAAAGAACACCUAGAAGAAAUCCGGACAGGAAAGUAAAAAACGCUCAGCGUAAGGAAGCUUCUGCUGCUGCAGCGAAGAAAGCACCGAGCAAACCUGAGCAAAAAACAGCUUCUCUCGGGUCUUUAAUGUUUCCCGCAGAAUUUCUUUCCUUUUUCCAAUCUCUUGGCGGAGGAAACGCAUUUGCAAUUCCAAAUAAGAGGUCGGAAACACCAACCAGAAAAAUUUAAAAUUAGUUGCAUUUUAUCAACACAACAUAUUCUACAAACAUAAUCGUCAGCAUCAAUGCCUGGAUUAAUGUCACCAGUACUUGUGAUCAUUCUUCAAUGUAAGAAUAAGACUUUACAUCCUUCUAUACUGUGAUAUUACCC